AUGCUUACUGAUUCUUCAUUAUUUUACAGUUUCAGCAAGCAAACAGCUGUAAAGGUUCAAUUAGUGUUUUUGGAUAUUAAAAUUGGAACUGAAAAACCGAAACGUGUCAUUAUUAAACUGUUUUAUGAUGAAAUGCCAAAAACUUGUGAAAACUUUAGAGCAUUAUGUACAGGAGAAAAAUCUAAUCCAUAUGUGAAAUUAAAUUUUAAAGACGUUCCUUUUCACAAGGUUUAUAGCAAUUUCAUGGCCCUUGGUGGAGAUAUCUUGAAUAAGGAUGGCACAGGAUAAUGUAGCAUAUAUGGACCAACCUUCAAAGCAGAACCAAAACGAUUCAAGCAUGAUUAGAGAGGGCUGAUUUCAAUGUUUAAUGAUGGAAAUGGCAAUAUAGGAUCUUAAUUCUUUUUCACUUUUACAGAUUGCUCAUGGGUUGAUGGAUUGCAUUCGGUUUUCGGAAAGAUCGUUGAAGAUUACAGUAUAUUAGACGAGUUGGAGAAAAUCUCAUCAACAAAUGGAGCACCAAAAAAAUUAGUAAGAAUAGUUGAUUCAGGUGUAAUAAUGUGA